AUGGCGGCAGCGGCAGCCGUGACCGGCGAAUACCCACCGCCCGGGGCCGGAGCGGGGCCGCCCGAAUUCCUGCCAGGCCCACCGGGCCAGGGUCCGCCCGUACCCUCGGCCGGCAGUCCCGGCGAGUUUCUAGCGCCUACAGGUUCAAUAGAUGGCGACGCGGAGACGCGGGACAGCCAGACGGACAACAAGAGCCCCGACGGUGGUGCUGGCGGUGGUAGCGGGGACGGCGGGGCUGGCUCGAAGCGCCGGGGUCCCAGGACGACGAUCAAAGCCAAGCAGCUCGAGAUACUCAAGACCGCCUUCUCGCAGACGCCCAAGCCGACGAGGCACAUACGCGAACAGCUGGCCAAGGAAACGGGACUGCCCAUGCGUGUCAUCCAGGUAUGGUUUCAGAACAAGCGCAGCAAAGAGCGCCGGCUGAAGCAAUUGACGUCGAUGGGCAGGAGUCCAUUUUUCGGUGGUUCGCGCAAGAUGCGCGGCUUCCCGCUCAACCCGAACCACGGGCUCUUGGGCGGUGAGGACGGACCGCCGCCGGGCUUCUCCUUCUUCGCUGACAAAUUCGCCGACUACGGCUACGGGGCGCCAGUGGCCUUCCAUCACGAGUUCUUCGGCGCCCAUCCGCCCCCGCACCCGCACGGGCCACCCUUCGGCGGGCCUGGUAAUCCUGAACUGCACGCUUACAUGUUGACGACAGGCCUGGAUCCAGCGAGUAUAGCCGGCAUGGCGGCAGCGGCAGCCGUGACCGGCGAAUACCCACCGCCCGGGGCCGGAGCGGGGCCGCCCGAAUUCCUGCCAGGCCCACCGGGCCAGGGUCCGCCCGUACCCUCGGCCGGCAGUCCCGGCGAGUUUCUAGCGCCUACAGGUGCGGGUGGACAGGGUAACCCAAACAACGGCAACAACGCAGGGGGCCCUGGUGGCCCUGGUUUUCCAGAGCCCCAUCAGAUGCAGCAAAAUGAAGGCCUCGUCUGGUAGACGAAAACACCAGCAGCCACAAGCCACGGCUCAAUAUUACUAUAUGAACGUCUCUUUUCGUUCUAGAGAUGUACACGUGCGUAAUUCUCUAUCCCUGAAAACGAUGGAGAAUAUAUUAUAAAUCCGUUUUUUUCAAGUCACGGGUCAUGCCCCUUGUUGGGCUUUUUACAGGGCAACGAUACGGGGUGGAGAUACGGAGCGAGAGAAAAAGGCUGUCAUAUACGACGAUGAAACGACAGCAUCGCCGCUGACUUUUUCUUUUCAUUCAUCAUUUCAUCGUCGUCGAGUGUAUGAUAGGCCGAAAGCAUUGCAAUCGCCAAUUAUUUUAUUAUUACUGUGCGUCAAAUUCUCGAAGCUUUUGAAUAUUAUUAUUUUUCUUUUUUUAUUAUUGGUAUUU